CGGCUCCGUCCAAACAAUCUUAAGCUGGCCGAAGCAACCUUUUAACGUGGCAUUUUGUUUGUCUUGCGAGGUACUACCACUAGCAUCUCACACACCCUCUUCUCUUCUCUUCUCUUCUUGCAAUUGCAAUUCAAUCGUCCAAACACAACAAAGGAGAACAUAGUGAUUUGAAGAAUAAUGGAGUUUGGUUUUGAGGAAAAGGACUUUCUCUCAUGCUGUGGAAGCACAAGAUUCGUCAACCACAUGGCUUCAGCCUCUCCUUUCUCUUCCUUUGAUCACGCUGUUUCUGUUGCCAGAGACGUUUGGUUCAACCACGUUGAUGUCAACGCUUGGCUUCAAGCCUUCUCUGCUCACCCUCAGAUCGGUCAAACCCAUUCUCCCUCUCAUGCCUCUCAAACCAGUGCUCAGUGGAGUAAGGGAGAGCAAUCAACUGCUUUAGCGACUGCUACUGAUUCCACCUUACAGGAAAUGUCUGAAUGGAAUGCUCGGUAUAGGGAAAAGUUUGGGUUUGUGUUUCUCAUAUGUGCAUCUGGGAGAACCACUGAUGAGAUACUUGCUGAACUGAAGAGACGUUAUAAUAACAGGCCAAUUGUUGAAUUUGAGAUUGCUGCUCAGGAGCAAAUGAAAAUUACAGAACUGCGCCUUGCAAAGCUCUUUUCAAAUAGAGAAAACAUUUCUUCUACAGCUGAUAAGCAUUCCACUUCUAAAAAAGCAGAAGAAGAUCGUAUGAACAUUAUUGGAGGUCAUGUGACUGCUGCUGCAGAAAGUUCACCAGGAAAAUCAAUUCAACAUUCUGCUAGAACCCGCCCGCCCAUUACCACUCAUGUGUUGGAUGUUUCGCGAGGCUGUCCAGCUGCUGGUAUUGAGGUACUUUUGGAGGCAUGGAGGGGCACUCAGUCUCGUCCUACAUUCGGGGCCACAGGUGGUGGCAGUUGGGUGCUUCAAGGGUCUUCGAUGACAGAUAAAGAUGGCCGCAGUGGUCAACUAUUGAGCAUAGUUGAUGAUGUGAGUCCAGGGAUAUACCGGAUAAGUUUUAACACAGGCAAGUACAACCCAAGUGGUUUCUUUCCAUAUGUGUCUAUUGUGUUUGAAAUCCUGGAGUCUCAGAAAAGGGAGCAUUUUCAUGUUCCUCUCCUGCUUUCUCCGUUUUCGUUCAGCACUUACCGUGGAAGCUAGAAACAUAGGAACGGUUGCCAAAUGAAUGCCACUGAUAUUUGUGGGUAACUGGCAUGAAUUUCUGAAGAUUUGAUGAACUGAACUUGUGUUUGUGCCCAUAGAACAUUGUAAUGAUACCAAAUGUAGUAAGGUAUAAGUGUAUUAUUGGUGUUUGCUUGAUGUAUGUUAUAUCAGAACUUUUGAGAUAAUAAUUGAGACUCGCAACAAUUAAGAAAUGCCAUCAACAUAUAAAUAGCACAUUUAAGGAGCAUGAGCAAGGGUUUAUAUU